CCUCUUUCCUAACCUGACCCUAGUCCACAAAUCCCUGCCUCUCUCCUUCUGACCUUCACUCAGCCUCAGGGAUGGCUCUGCAGGAUGUGUGCAAGUGGCAGGCUGGGGACACCCAGGGGCCAUCACCCCACUUGCCUCAGGCUGGUGGCUGGGCUGUGCCCCGGGGCUGUGACCCUCAAGCCUUCCUACAGAUCCAUGGCCCCAAGCUGGCCCACGGCACUACCACCCUGGCCUUCCGCUUCCGUCAUGGAGUCAUUGCUGCAGCUGACACGCGGUCUUCCUGUGGGAGCUACGUGGCCUGUCCGGCCUCACGCAAGGUCAUUCCUGUGCACCAGCACCUCCUGGGUACCACUUCUGGCACUUCUGCCGACUGUGUCAUGUGGUAUCGGAUACUACAGCGGGAGUUGCGGCUCCGGGCACUCAGGGAGGGUCAGCUGCCCAGUGUGGCUAGCGCUGCCAAGUUCUUGUCAGCCAUGAUGUCCCGCUACCGGGGGCUGGAUCUGUGUGUGGCCACUGCCCUGUGUGGCUGGGACCGCUCUGGUCCUGCCCUCUUCUAUGUCUACAGUGACGGCACCCGCCUGCAGGGGGACAUCUUCUCAGUGGGUUCUGGAUCUCCUUAUGCCUACGGCGUGCUAGACCGUGGCUACCAUUACGACAUGACCACCCAGGAAGCCUAUGCCCUGGCUCGCCGUGCCGUGGCCCAUGCUACCCACCGCGAUGCCUAUUCAGGGGGCUCUGUCGACCUUUUCCACGUGCGGGAGAGUGGAUGGGAGUACGUGUCACGGAAUGAUGCCUGUGUGCUGUACACCGAGCUACAGAACCUCCUGGAGCCAGAGUCAGAGCCAGAGGAGGAGGUCAGCCAGGCCCAUCCUGAGCCUUCCUCUCCCCACAGAGCUGGGGAAGACGGAGAACUCUCUGCAGGGCCAGAAGAGGUAACACCGGGAGACUUCAGAAUGCCAACAGAGACUGAGAUGCUGUGAGAAGUGGCAAGACUUGGGGCAUCUAGCCCCAGGGAGUGGGUGGGAGGCUGGGGCAGCAGCGGGGGGCUCACUGGGGACAGCCUCACAGCAUCUGGCUCCAGCUCUUACAGGUUGCUGGCUUCCUUUGUUCCAAGUCUCCAUUCUUUCUUCUGUCCAGAGCUGUUGAUGUCCAACAUGUUCCUAUCGA